GAUGUUCUUGUUCUGUCAUGAACAGAUUUCUUCGUUCACCGUUACAUCUGUUGAUCAUGAUCAUGGCUGUUGAUAAGAAAUCAAAAAUUAUAUUUUUAUUGUUGAAAACUUUAUGAGAAUAAACGUAAUUUUAUAUUCUUUGUUGAGCUUUGAUUUAUUUAUUGACUACUUGUUUAUCUUCAAUGAUGCAAACUGUUUCCAAAUUGUCAGAGUAUGAAUUAUUAUUUUAUUAUAUAACAUGAAAGAUAGUGUAACUGCUUUGUCAGAGUGGGAAAAGCAAGUGACUUGUGUGAUAUUGUCUCUAUUUGGAUAUGCAUUGAGGUAUACAUCCUUCUACUUUGACAAGAGAUUAUCACAUCAAGAAUUAUGCAGUUUAUAUGCUCCUCUGCAAGUUCUGUAAUGGAUGAGACCAUAAAUCAAAUAGAAGCAACAAUCUUAUUUUUUGCAAAAGCACGGGAACUAACUGGGACUAAGGAAUGUAAGAUCUAUAUUCCAAGAGAGUUAUCCUCCACUGACCUGUUCGACAGGAUUAUUCGUACAUUUAAAUUGGAAAGUAUACGCAAUCAAAUAAUACUAGCACUGAACGAGGAGUUUAUUGCUCCAAACAGCACUCUUGUAUUGUCAGAGAAAGACGAAAUUGCAGUGAUUCCACCACUUAGUGGAGGAUAACAUGGAGAUGUCAAAGAAUUUCGUCAAGUUACAGCAAGAGGAGUUAAAUGUUACAGAAAUCAUGAAGCUAGUGACGUUUCCUAAUUGUGGAGCAAUAUGUAAUUUUGUCGGGAUCACUCGGGAUAAUUUCAACAAUAAAAA